AUGCCGGGACGGGUCCUGCCCACCUUUACACCCGCCGAGGUCGAGUCGCAUAACAACGCCAAAUCAUGUUAUAUCACCAUCGGUCGCAACGUGUACGAUGUUACCGAGUUUGUGGAGGAUCAUCCCGGUGGCGGCGACUUGAUUUUGGACCAUGCAGGAAAGGAUGUGGCGGAAAUCAUGAAGGAUGAAAUUUCUCAUGAGCACUCCGAGGCUGCUUAUGAGAUUCUCAUGGAAUAUCAUGUUGGCUUUGUCUCCUCAGAUGCCUCCGGCAAGGCGAAAUCAUCUGGUGUCGACGCCACUGAGACCGGAUCCUCUCCAGUUUACCAGAGCACCGGAAUGUCGCGGGAGGAGGAUUUGUCCGUUGACACGGAUUACAAUCAGGACUUCAAAACCCACAAGUUUCUGGACCUCAACAAGCCACUUUUCCCUCAGCUUUGGUACAGUAAUUUCUCCAAGGAGUUCUACCUGGAGCAGAUUCACCGACCCCGCCAUUACAAGGGCGGCGCCUCUGCGCCUCUCUUUGGCAACUUCCUCGAGCCUCUCAGUAAGACUGCAUGGUAUGUGGUGCCUAUCAUGUGGCUCCCACUGGUUGCAUACGGCACGAUGGUCGGCGCUGGAGGCCUGGGAGAUAACUCUGCUGCGGCCGCGUACUGGAUCGGCGGUGUCUGUCUCUGGACUCUGAUUGAGUAUCUCAUGCAUCGCUUCCUGUUCCACGUUGACAAGUGGCUUCCGGACAAUCGAGUUGGCUUGACGCUUCACUUUUUGCUUCAUGGUAUUCAUCACUACCUUCCCAUGGAUCGUUACCGACUUGUUAUGCCCCCGACGCUUUUCGUGGUCCUGGCCGCACCAUUCUGGAAGCUGGCCCACGCUGUCUUUUUCUACAACUGGUUUGCAGCUGUUUUGGUCUUCUGUGGAGGUGUCUUUGGCUAUACUUGCUAUGAUUUGACCCACUAUUUCCUCCACCACCGCAACCUUCCUUUGUACUACAAGGAGCUCAAGAAAUACCACCUUCAACAUCACUAUGCGGAUUUUGAGAACGGAUUUGGCGUCACUAGCCGAUUCUGGGAUCGCGUUUUUGGCACUGAGCUGGAGACACCAUCUCCUAAGGGUGCCAAAGCCCAGUGA